CACUGCAUCACAUCCUCUUCCGCUCACUCGCCUAUCCUCCCGCGCCGCAAGAACACAAAACCGCCACUUGCCGAUGGAGAACGCCGCCGGCGAUGGGCUUCUGCCGCCGCCGGCCGCAUGGAACUUCUCUCCGAACGAGGCCCUCCUCGGCCUGACGGCAGUCUCGCUGCGCGGCGUGCUGGGCAGGGUAAAGGCCGGGAUGGUGGAGGACGGCGCGCGGCCGGUGGUGCCGCUGGGGCACGGCGACCCGUCGGCGUUCCCGUGCUUCCGGACCGCGCCGGAGGCCGUGGACGCCGUCGCCGGCGCGCUCCGGUCCGGGGAGUACAACUCCUAUGCCAACAGCGUCGGCCUCGAGCCUGCGCGGAGAUCUAUCGCGCAGUACUUAUCGCGCAACCUGCCAUACGAGCUAUCAGCCGACGACGUCUACCUCUCAAGCGGCUGCGCUCAAGCGAUCGAGAUAAUCUGCUCUGUUCUAGCUCGCCCUGGUGCCAACAUCCUGCUUCCAAGGCCAGGCUACCUGUUCUACAAGGCGCGUGCCAUCUUCAACGGCAUGGAGGUCCGGUACUUCGAUCUUGUACCAGAUAGAGGCUGGGAGGUUGACCUUGAUGGCCUGCAAGCACUUGCUGACAAGAACACAGUUGCCAUGGUCAUUGUCAACCCAGGGAACCCCUGUGGCAAUGUCUACACCUAUGAGCAUUUGGCCAAGAUUGCUGAGACUGCGAGGAAGCUUGGCAUCUUUGUCAUUGCGGAUGAAGUGUAUGCGCACUUGACGUUUGGGGAGAAGAAGUUUGUGCCCAUGGGUGUGUUUGGCUCGGUAUCGCCGGUGCUCACUCUGGGAUCCAUAUCGAAGAGAUGGGUGGUGCCUGGAUGGCGACUUGGCUGGAUAGUGACGAAUGAUCCUAAUGGUGUAUUUCAGAGGAUAAAGGUAUUGGACAGCAUCAAGAGUUACCUUAAUAUCUCCUCUGAUCCUGUAACUUUUGUCCAGGGAGCAAUUCCACAACUCAUAGAGAACACAAAGGAAGAAUUCUUUGACAAAACCGUAGAGGUUCUAAGACAAACCGCAGAUAUAUGCUGGGAGAAGCUGAAGGGAAUCAGUUGCAUCACUUGCCCAAGCAAACCUGAGGGUUCCAUGUUUGUGAUGGUGAAACUGGAUCUGUCCUGCAUGCAAGAUAUCAAAGAUGAUAUGGACUUCUGCUGCCGGCUGGCAAAGGAAGAAUUGGUGGUUGUUUUGCCUGGAUAUGCUGUGGGAUACAAGAAUUGGCUCCGGAUCACCUUCGCAAUCGGACCAUCUUCUCUUGAAGAUGGCCUUGACAGGCUCAAGUCCUUCUGCUUGCGACACAGCAAGCCGAAGAAGUGAUAAGAUGAGCUCACCAGUUCCUUGUAAGAUGAGGCACCUGCUUUUGCCUGAAGAAUCAGCAGGAGGCAGGAGCUGGUAGCAGGAUUCAAUAUUGCUAUGAACUUCUCAUGAUAUGCUGUAUCAUCUUCACUCGGAGGUGAUUUAUUUAAUGCAUAAGGUCCUUGCUUAGCAAUUGACCAAUUGUAACUAGAUGCUGUUACAACUCUUGUUGUAGCGCCCAGUGUUUGAAGGUGCAAUGCAAAUUUAGGGGAUCUGAAGUUGGGAAACUAAUUUAAAAUAUGUCUUGAUUUACAUGUGAUGAGUUAUUGACAACGUUGGAUUUGAAAUUAUUUUGGUUGGCAUGA